AUGAAGUACAUUCUUGUGUUGGCUUUGAUUACAUUCUCAUAUGCUACAACCUUGACAGAAAUGUCAGAAAAACUUUCUUAAUAUGGAGAUCAUCCUUUUGGAAAAUCAAUGGUCAAUUUGGUUACAGUUAACAUGAAAACAGGUGGUUCCCUCAAUGAAUUGAAAUAACUCUUAUAAUAAAUUAAAGAUGAACUCAUUGCUCUUACUUAAUUGCAAGAUUCAGAAAAUGCUACAUUCACUCGUAGAAGUCAAGUUGAUUUGGCUAAAUUAUAAGCUACACUUGAAUAAGCAUAAGCAGAUUUAGACAAUCAAAGAGAAGAGUAAUCAAGCUUAAGCAAUGAAUUAGCUACACUUUAAACAAGAGUGAAAGAGGAUUAAGCUGCUUUGGAUAGAAACAGUAGAGGAAGUGGGGAUGCUCAAUCUAGGCUUGAUGUUGAAAAUGCUGAUUUUGCUACUAAAUACUCUGAUUACAAUGAUGCCAUUUUAGCAUGUAAAGAAGCAUAAAGAUUAUUAUUGAACUUGAGAGGUGAAGGAGCAUCUUUAAUUUAACUUACUUAGGAUACAAAGAGCAACCUCAUCUAAACCAAAGAAAACUUUUAAAAAAUAAAAGAGAUAUUGGAGGCUCAUACCAAAAAAAGCUCCUUAACGUUAUUCCAACCAAUCAUUGAAGGACUAGCUGAAAUGACCACAAAGGUUAAUCCAGAAACUUUGAACAAUGUUCUAAGUUUAGUAGCUCGUUUGAUUACAGCUCUCUAAGAAGGUUAAGAUUAAUUAGAGUCUAAUCACAAAACUUAAGUUGAUAAUUUGACAAGAUUGGGUGAUGAUUUGAGAAACGAGAAAUAAACCUUAUAGGUUUCUUUAGCCACUGCAAACAAUAGACUUAAAGAAAUAUAAUCAAGAUUAAAUGAAUUAGAUGGAUUGAUCAAUAUUUCAAAUGCUUUAGUUGAGGUUACGCAAUUAAACAUUUAAGAUGCCACUAAAAUCAAUGAAUUAGAAGAUGCUGAAUACAGUAAUUAAAAGGUCAGCAGAUAAACUGAAAUUGAUAUAGUUGAUAGAUUAAUUGAAUACAUCAAUUAAAAAUUAUCAGAGUGAUUCGAUACAAUUAUAUAAAAAAUAUCAUUAUCAUUCUAAUA